AAUUUAUUGUCGGGUCGCUAGGUCAGUAGGUCUGAAAUAUCGAUUAGUGAAAAUUUGGUGAAAAUAAAUACCUAGGUACUUGUGAACUCUGAAAAUAUUUCUGGUUCGAGAACAUUAAUCCAAAUUUAAGUAAAACAAGUAAAAAGAACUAUAAACAUGAAACUUACUGUUAAGAAACUUCAGGGAGAAGAGUUCAACAUUGAGGUUGAACCCGACACAAAAAUACUAGAAAUAAAGAAACAUAUUGCUAUUAAGUAUAAAAUAUCCGUUACAUUACAAAAGUUGUUGUAUAUGGGAAGAGCCUUGAUAGAUGACCAUACUAUCAGUUCGUAUCCUGCCAUAAAAGAUGGUACGAAGUUGCACCUCAUCAUACGAAAGCCCGAAACUCUAUUGGAAGGUUCUAUAAAAUACUUCAAAGAGAAAGGAAUGUCUGAUGCAGAAGCUAAAAAUACUGCUCUACGGCUUGUUCGUGUUGUCAAAGAGAAGUUCUUUAGAAUGUCUUGGGAUGAUGUUGAAAGGCUAGCUUGGGAUUGUAUUAUGUAUGAAACAGGGCAAAGUCGACCACCAAGCGAUGCAGAAAUGGAGUGUGAUGAUGGCAUUGGCUUGUAAAUUUAUAUUAAUUGAUCUCAGUUAUUUAGAAAAUAUUCCAUCUUUCUUACUAUAAUUCAAUAAUAUCUUGAUGUAAUUUUGUGUAA